AUGGCUUCGGGUCAGAAGCAGCUGGCGAGAAGUGUGCUCCUCACAUUCUCGACCUGCCACGCACCUCCCGAGUUCGAGUACCCCGAGCGCAGAAUCUUGUUGGAGUCCAAGGGCACCGAUACGCCCACUCCGAGCAUCAAGAUUGGCAGAACUAGCAAGCGCUUUCAAGAGCUUGGAGCCAAGGAGAACAACCUCUUCUUCGACAGCCCGGUUAUGAGCCGCGACCAUGCCGAGCUCUUGGUUGACUGGUACCACAAGAAAGUCUUCAUCAAGGACACCAGCUCCCUCCAUGGCACUCACCUGAACAACUCGAGACUGCGUUCUGAUGAGAAGCGUGAGUUGGCUCACGGCGAUAUUCUGAAGUUUGGAAUCGAUAUUCAGCGAUCCACCGAGACGUUUCCGCCUUGCACAGUUGAAGUGCAGUGGGAGUGGAAUCCCGCGCCUCAUUCCCCCGAGAAAAUAAACAACCGGCCUGCGUUUCAGGUCCCUGAUGAUUAUGAUACCAGUGACGACGACGAUGACGAGAGCGACGUCAGAGCAACGGUUGAGAAGAUUCGAAAGAUCGAGCAAUACCGUUCAAUCCGCUCUUUUGGCAAUAUGCCGUCCAUCGAUCUGACCCGGGAGUCUCCCAAGCCCGGCCCUGUGGAGGGCCGUUCGGUCAUCGUUAUUGACGAUGAUGUCCCGAAGGCUGCCACUCCUGAAGUCGUGGUUUCGGAAGUCACAGUCUCGAACGUGCCUGCUAUUGCGACCUCGUCGCAGCCCACCUCAGAUGCGGUCCUAGAUAUCGACGCCCCGCACGAAGAUGAUCCACAGAUGUACGAUCAUCCUCUUCGACCGCUUGACUUGGAUUCUGAUUCCGACAACGAGUUGGUGGACGAGGCAUUGCCGCCGUACGACGACGACGUGUCAAGUCAGUCCGACUCAUCUGCCGAGGAGGAUAUCUGCCUCAGUGACUCACUGAGUGGCUCCGACAGCGAAGAAGAUCAGAGCAAUGAUGAACAAGAUAUCAACGAUUCGGACAGCGAGCAAGACGCCAGUGGCGACGAAGAAGACAUCGAAAGCCCCAUGGAUUACGACAUGAAUGAUAACGACAGUGUCGACGACGAGUAUGAGUCCCAAGUCGAUGAGCCCACCUGGGAGAUCCCGACGACCACUCUGGAGCAAUCUGUUUACGGGAAGGUCGCCAACGUCCCCAUUCCUCAGGUGCCAUCUCAACAUAUUACCAAUCUCCCUGUCUUUCCCAACAUCAGCGUACUCUCUUCUACUUCGACUCUGCCACGUACCCCCUGGACUCAACUGCCUCAGCAGGGCGCGGAGGAGCUCAAGUUGCCGCCUCUUCUCGGCCAGAGAAACUUUCCCGACUUGUUGACGGCGCAGCCCUCGGAUAUCAACUCCUCUCAUCGUCCUAUGCUUUAUGUACCUCCUCCCAUGCCUCUGGAGAGAAACCCCUGGCUGCCUCAGAACGACGGGCCAUCCGCUGAGGAUCUGGGCCAGAUGACUGGCAAGCCUGAAUACUUCGCAGCUCGUGAGCAUAAUAAGGCAAAGAUGGAACGAGAAGAAGUUCGGGAACCUUCUCCGGAGCCCAUCCAGUCUGUUGCAGCCACCAAGGCGACUGACGACAACACGACGACUCAGCCCAGCUCGACGCCUGUCGAAGCUCCCAAGUCAACGCAGAUUCCUCAGUCUGCUUGGAUGACUCCCGGCAACAGGUUCAUCAACUCGCCUCAAGAGCCCCCUCUGCUUCUGCGCAAGGCCAGCCCUGAGUACGAUAUGACUAGCGCGUACCAAUUCCAGCAGAGCAAGCUUCAGGCGUCUACCAUGCCGACAUCAAUUCCUCAUGUUGCAGUCGACAGCAUCCAGGCUCCUGUCAAGGAGCUUGCCAAGUCUCCGAAGCGCAAGGCUGAUGACAUUUCAUCUUUGCUCCCGGAAGAACAGGCUGUCGAGGUCUCUGCUUCUGCUACGGAGCAACCCAAUGGAGAGACGAGUCAAAGCGCCACUCCCACUGGAGAAGCCGCCGUUGCGAACGUUGCAUCGAACGAUAUCAUUGUGUCCACGAACACAAAGACUGAGCAGCCUCCCGCGAAACGUCUCCGUUUCCUUCCUAGCUGGAAGGGAGUCGGUACUUUUGGCGCUGGCAUCAGUGCUGGUGGCAUCAUGCUUGCUAGUAUGCUCGCCAUGUCAGCUCCUAAUCUUUGA